CUAUUAGCAUGUCAUGUGGUCUUUUGUUUAGCAGCUACCGUGUGAAUUGCUGCAUGUAUAAUAGUUAUGUGUAGAAGCUGUAGACACAAGCUAGCUAAGUUAUGAAGCUGCUCUCAAGUGUGAGCUUGUGGCUACGGAGACUGUUGAUACUCAUUUGGAAGAAUGUUCACUUGAGGUGGCGGACCAGCUCAGUAGGCUGCUCACACAGGCUGAUAGGAAGAGUGCCUAUAUUCCUCCUCAUUGAAGUGCUCUGGCCCCUAGUGCUCUAUACUAUCAUCGUCCUCCUGCGUCUUAACUUCCCUCCAGGAGAACGCAGUAUUAAUCUAUGGCGUCCUGUAGCCCUGCCCUCUGCUGGGACUCUUCCCUUCAUGCAAUCAUUGCUUUGUGAUCUGGAUCAGAAUGGCCAUCGCUAUGGCUACAAGGCCAUGCCGUCCUACCCCAAUGCCCCUGUGAAUGAUGUGUAUUCUCUGUUGGAUGAGUUUGGAUCUCUGAAUGGAACACUGGACACCUUCUGCUCCACCAUCCAUUCCCUCACUGAUACCACUUCCUGUUCCUUGUCUGCUGCACUACCAGAAUGUCAGCAAGAUGUAGUACCACUGACGUGUUUCCUUGACGACCCGACUGGCUUUGAGAUGUUCCUGACCUCUGACCUCCACUUCUCACCCAGACUGUCUCAAGGCAUCCUGGGAGCCACUGUAGACACUAACAGUGGACUGCUUUCUGGGGGCUUUCCCUUACCUCGGGGCAAGCGUCAGUUGCCUGGCUUCCCCUCCCUGGGGGGUCUCACAGACACACUCAUCACACCGGCUGGGCUCAGAGCACUAGUGUGCACUGGGAAUGGAGCACUGCUCAAUGGUCUGAUAGAGUUUCAGAAUGUCUCUGCAGCUGAUGUGUCAGUGGCUGUGUGUGCUCUCAACACAACACAAACAAAUGCUUUGGCUGUUGAGUUGCAGCAACAACUGUCAGUGCCGACAGAUUGCAAUCCACUGGGUGGACUAUCUAGUGUAACUAAUUUUGAGAAGGGUCGUGACCUGUUACUCAAGUUCAGCAACCUCUCAACGGAUGGGUUGUUCAGUGACACUAAUGGCGGGGGCGAUGGAGAGGGUGGGCUGUCCCUGGACUCCAUUACCAAGGGAGCAAAGUUCUUCUGUGGAGAUAUUGAGGGAGGCAAUCAGUCACUAGGAUUGCUCUUAUUCUCGGCCCUGUACGGAAAUGAUUAUCAACAAAGUACAUUUGAACAAGGCGGUGGCAAUCUCUCCAUCAUACCAGACCGCAUUGCCAUGAAGAUACUCUACUCUCCUAAUAACAACCACACAGCUCAUAUCAUGACUAGAGCAUCACGAACAUUUCAAACCUUUGUGUACAUUGAAGACUGGGCCCAGCAGCUAGCCAACUGCUCAGAUGACUUCCUCAAUAACUUCCCUCCUAACUCCACUCAGGCUAACAACACACGCACACUAGUAGCCCUGCUGUUAGGGGACAACUCCACACAAGUGUCCCCACUCUUCCAGCCAGGCCUAGAUCAACUGAGGCAGAACUUGUCAGUGGAGAAUCUCGAAUACACACAAGGAUUGCUAAAUGAGAGUGCCCCUGGUAAUAUCUGGGAGGUCGUCACUAAUAUAAGAGAUGUAGCAAUCACUAUACACGAUGUGUUGGACAGGUUUAACUGGGACGUCUUCUACCCCAUGCCAGAUGAAGCUUCCCUGGAUAGCCUGGCCGCUAAUUAUACUGCUCAGAAUGAGCUCAACUUUACGACAGUGUUUGCUGGAGUGGUGUUUGAUGGUGUGGGUGAGGAGGGAGAUAUAACCAACGCUACCAUCAAGAUCCGUAUGAACUCAACCUCCGUGGUGGACCCCACUGAGCUCACACAGACUGUGUGGACCCCUGGCCCAGAGAACACUGGCUGGAAGAAGGCAUAUCUCAGUCAAGGCUUCUCCUUCCUACAAGACAUGGUAGAGAGAGCUCUAGCUGAGGAGAUAGUAGGACAUCCCAUACCCACACCUGGACUAUACCUCCAACAAAUGCCUUAUCCCUGCUACCAACAUGACAAUUAUGUCGUGGCUAUGGAGUUUAUGUUGGCACUGACUAUGCUCUUUGCGUGGUUGUUUCCCGUUGCCAUGACAACACGAGCUAUUGUACGGGAGAAAGAGGUUCGUCUGAAGGAGUACAUCAAGAUGGUGGGAGUGUCCGACAGUCAACUGAGACUAUCUCGUGUACUAGUGUCCGGGUCCAUUCUCCUCAUCUCUGUUUGCUUUAUCACUCUCUUAUUGAAGGUUGGGAACAUCCUGCCCCUCACUGAUUGGUCGCUGCUCUUUAUAUACCUGUGUCUGUAUGCCCUCGUGAUGCUGGCUUAUAGCUUCUUAGUGUCCACCAUGUUCACCAAUGCUAACCUGGCCGCUUGUGUGGCUUCACUCAUCUACUUCAUGGUGUUGUUUGGACACACGACACUGGUCAGCAAGCAGCAGGACAUGAGUCCCUUCACUGUAGGACUGGCUUGUCUAUGGGCUCCCCUUGGCUUUGCUCUGGGUGCCCAGUACAUGGUCCAAUGGGAGGUCCGUCAGGAAGGACUGCAAUGGGCCAAUAUGAACCUCCUUCCUGGCACGGAUGAUCAACUCUCCUUUCUGUCUGUGGCCAUCAUACUGUGUGUGGACACUGCACUGUACUUCCUCGCCACCUGGUACAUUGAGGGAGUAGCCCCUGGUCGUUAUGGAGUAGCCAAACCAUUCUACUUCCCCUUCAUGCCAUCUUAUUGGCUAGGACAAAGUGGGCGUGACUGGUUCAAAGGUCACAACGAGCACCAACCCCUGAAGAAUGAGGAUGGUGAUCAGACUGAUGGUGUUGGGCCUGUGUGUGAGGAGGAGCCGCUAGGCCUGCCUCUAGGGAUCGAAAUGUGUCAUCUCACCAAGAUCUACUCGUCUUGUAAGCGCAAGAAAGUGACUGCUAUCAAAGAUCUCUCUCUCAACUUCUACGAGGGUCAGAUUACAACAUUGCUCGGACACAACGGUGCUGGCAAAACUACCACCCUGUCGAUCCUGGCUGGACUAUUUGAGCCAACUAGUGGUACAGCGCGUAUCUAUGGCAACAGUAUUAGACGCCACAUGGACUCCAUACGACAAGGUCUCGGGAUCUGUCCUCAACACAAUAUCCUGUUUAGCGAGUUAACGGUGGAGGAACAUUUGCUGUUCUUUGGUCAACUGAAGGGCCUCUCCUGGAGAGAGUCAAUGAGGCAAAUACCAGAAUGGCUAUCCAAGGUAGACCUCCUACCUCAUGCUACUAAACUAGCCAAGCAUCUCUCUGGAGGAAUGAAGAGGAAGCUCUCCAUCUUAUUGGCUUUUGUAGGAGGCUCUCGCACUGUCAUCCUAGAUGAGCCCACUGCUGGGGUGGAUCCAUACGCACGAAGGCAGAUCUGGGACUUCCUGUUACGUCAACGCGAGGGACGAACCAUCAUACUGUCCACACAUCACAUGGACGAGGCGGAGAUACUGGGAGAUCGUAUUGCCAUCAUCUCGCAAGGUUCUCUCAUCUGCUGUGGCAGCUUUGAGUUCCUCAAGCAUCGCUUUGGACAGGGUCACAGACUCACACUACUCACCACCUCGAGUGAGGGGGCGUGUGAGGAGGGUGUGGGGGCGUUCCUUGUGGGACAUGUGAGGGGUGUGAAGCUGUUAGAAGUGCGGGGACCAGAGCUUCACUAUCUACUGCCAUUGAGUGGGGCCAGGGCCAGUGUGCUGACUCAGCUGUUUAGAGAGCUAGAAGCCGCUAAAGCAGAACUGGGUGUGGUUUCGUAUGGACUCACAGCUUGCUCCAUGGAAGAGAUAUUUGUUGAAUUGACGGAAAAAGAUGAUAAGAAGUCGGACGAGGAUGGAUUGGUGCCACGCCCCUCUGUCAGCUCAAUAGAGACCACACCCCCUGACAACCAAGAUGACCUCCCUGACGACACAGUGUUUGACGAAAGUCCUCUCUUUGGAGAAAGGCAGGGUAAGCUUGAUCGACUCUCUCGUGCUCCACUCUGGUUCUCACAGUAUACUGCUCUCAUGGCUAAGAGGUUCCACUACACGAAGCGGCGUUUGUUGGCUCUAGUCAUUCAGAACAUCCUGCCAUUGUUUGUGUUGGGCAUGUCGCUGCUCAUUGCUCACCUCCUGCAAACUGUCCCUGACCCACCUCCUAUUGAACUGACUCCCAAUCUCCUCUUCUCCAUCAACAAGAACAACUACCUCUUUGCUGCCGGAUACAGUAACAACCAAACUGACAAGUACAUUCAAACUCUUUUCCAACCUUGUGGGGUCGGAGGUCAUAGUACGUCUGCUGACCCCUCUAAGUGUUUCCCUAACAACUCGUACAAUGCUAGCUCCGCCUACCUAUGCCCUGACCCUCCUCUCCACUCAGCCCUCUGUACAUGCAGUGCUAAUUGCUCUAGUCCAGUGCCGUUCCCUCCACAACCAUCCUGCUAUAAUGGUACUGGUACUGGCUCCAGGGUGCAAAACCUCACCAUGUCCUUUGACCCCAAUGACCCCAACGCUGGCGACGAAACUAUCACGAAUUAUCUGUUGCAAAGCAAGCAAUCGUUUGUUCAACAACGUUACGGUGGUUUGAGCUUUGGUCUUGUGCGCAGUGAAGUGGACGAGUCACUGGAUCCUGAGACUAUACCAUUCCUGGCUGUUAGGGAAGCCGCUAAAGUGUGGUACAGUCUCAAGUCUUAUCAUAGUCAACCUUCGUUCAUCAAUGUCAUGAACAAUGCCCUCAUGAGAGGAGAGCUUGGACCAGAUAAACAACAGUCACAAUAUGGUUUCAAGACAAUUUCUCAUCCAUUUCCAACCUCUGAUCUGUGGAAGAUCAACUAUGCUAUAAAAGAGAAGGGCAGUUUCCUGGUUAACCCUUUGGCUCUCAUGUUUGCGCUGGGUUUUGUUGUGGCAGGAUUUGUACUUAUUCUAAUUGAGGAACGUGCCGGUAAUGUUAAACACCUUCAGCUCAUCUGUGGCAUGAACAAGACAGUGUACUGGUUGGCUAACUUCACAUGGGACCUGCUGUGGUUUGUUGGCUUCACUCUGCUCACGCUAGCACUGUAUCUGGCAUUCCAGGAUCCAUUCUACACUGGCUCUGAUGUGCUCCCAUUGUUCCUGCUAGUACUACUAGCCUAUGGUCUUGCUGUUACACCAUGGAUCUAUGUCAUGUCCUUCUUGUUCCAGUCCCCAGCCACGGCUUAUGUUGUCCUCUUCUGUCUCAACUUCUUAGGAGGCUUCAGUAUUCUAAUCGUGGAUGCCAUACUGCUGUUUGUCAACACUGAUAGUGACCAACUUACUAAGAACCAUCUCUACUAUUGGCUUGGGCUCAUUCCUAUACCAUCGUAUGUGUUGGCGCGUGGCUCCAUGUACAUAGCCUCAGACUAUCCACUGCGUAAAGUUGUUGCAUCAUUUGGUGCUAUUGACCUGCCUAAUCCGUAUGCUGAGUUGGCACCUUUCCUAGCGGCUCUACUAGGACAAGCCAUCUUCUAUACUGCCAUUCUCGUGCUCAUUGAAAUGAGGCCAUACCUAAGAGGGAUCAUUUGCCGAGGUCGUUCAAAGGUCGUGACCUCUCUCCCACUGCCAUUGGACUCUGAUGAUGAUGUACGUGCCGAGAGGUCAAAGGUGACUGCUGAAGAGGGGGACUCUGAGAUAUUGAGGAUGAAUGCAUUAUCUCGAGUAUAUCGCACAAACCUCGGCCGGAGCAGGAGAGUAGCAGUUAACCAACUCUGCCUCUCUGUGAACAAAGGAGAGUGUUUUGGAUUGCUUGGUGUGAACGGAGCCGGUAAGACCACCACCUUCAAGAUGCUCACUGGAGACAUUGUACCCUCGGCUGGUGAUGCUGUGAUAGCUGGUCACACACUCUCAACAUCACGUGGUCCAGUACAGCAAUCCAUUGGCUACUGUCCACAAGUCGAUGCUCUGAUUGACCAGCUCACAGGGAGACAACACUUGGUCUUGUUCUGUAGACUGCGAGGAUUGCGUGGUACUGACUUGCAAGGUGUGGUGGAGGAGGCAUUGGAGAAGCUGGGUCUGAAUGCUUAUGCUGACCGUCCAGUGGGAGCAUACUCUGGAGGGAACCGGAGGAAGCUAUCCACUGCCAUAGCUCUGUUAGCCAACCCUCCACUGGUGCUCUUGGAUGAACCUACAUCAGGAGUUGAUCCUCGUGCCCGCCACUUCUUAUGGUCUCUCAUUCGUAGACUAGUUGCUGACUCAACACAAUCGGUGGUGCUCACUACACACAGUAUGGCGGAGUGUGAGGCUCUUUGCUCUAGAGUAGCAAUCAUGGUCAAUGGAGAGUUUCAUUGUCUAGGAUCACCACAGCAACUCAAGUCCACGUAUGGCAGUGGCUACAAGCUCAAGCUGAGGGUUGCAGGUGAAGUUGAGCCUGUCAAAGAGUUCGUACGGCAAAACCUGCCAGGAGCUGUGCUGAAGGAGGAACACUACACUACCCUGGUGUACCAACUGCUCUCUUCUGACUCGCUACUGCUGCAUAAUGUGCUGGAGAUUAUGGAACAAGCUAGAGAGACCCUCGAUAUUCAGGACUACAGUGUGAGCCAGACUACACUGGACGAUGUGUUCAUCCACUUUGCUAAUGAACAGAGUGAGGAAGUUGGGAUAAUGAGAGGGGAAGUCCCUAAUGACGAGAUGCUCCCUGAUCUUGUCCCACUUGGUCCUGUCGAACAUGUCAUUCAGAUCACGGAUGAUGACCAAGCUACACAACUGUGAACACGUGCAAUCUUGAGACUAUAGUACAAUACAUGCAAAUUAGCUAUAACUCAGUUGUCCAUUCUUUAUUUUUAUAUUUUGCACUUUCAUUAUGACUGUUAUUUAUUACAUUUUGAGUUAAUUAAUUAACUCAUUUUCACCAGAAUUUGUUUGAUAAUGUUACAAUGUACA